CUGUGUUUUAAUUUUUAUUGUCAGGUUUUUAGAUCAUCCCGCAUUUUGCUUUUGUAAGGCAUCAUCAUCACCACCACCACCACCAUUGGAACCUGCCACAGACUGUUUUUCCUCCCAGAAGAUGCUUUUGAUUUUUUGUUUUGAAAAUGUCUUUCUUAUAUUGAAAUAUCCCUUAGCAUAAUGUAGUAAAAUAUCCUCAUAUAUCUAUAGAAGUAUAGGCCAUUUGGGACCUUUUUAAAAAGUCAAAAGAUAACAGAUUGGCUGUAGCGCACUGUGCCUAACCCCGUAAGAAUUUCCCAUCAAAACUACCUCUUCUUGCUGUAGCUUUUUCAGCUACAUACCUCUGAAGCCUCUUUUUAUUUUCACCCAGCCACUGUUAUUUUGUUCCAUUAUGGAUCAUCCAGAUUCCACCUCCAUUCCAAAGAAAACCUCAGAGGUGCAUGUUUGAGGUUUUUGCAAGAGCAUGGUUGCCUGUUCAAACCUUGGAUCAGGAUUUUGGAUGAACUUGCUUUCAGAGUGUUGUAGCAUGCUAGUUAAGACCCUUUCCUAACUUUUAACUUUCUCUUUCUCCCACCCCACCCCCCGACCCCAUUCAAAAACCAGGUAGGAGAGCAUAACAUUUUAUACCCACCAAGGACACAGAUUCCCCAGUGUACCAUAUUUGGGCUUGGCAACUAGGAAUAUUUUGUACCCCUUUCACUCCUUCUACUGAACUUGUGAUUCCAUCUUUGAAGUCCCAUAUUCAACCAUCACCAGUGGAUGCCAGUAGCUGUCCUGUAGAGAUUAAGUAAUUGUUUUCAACUGCAAAAUGUUUUUGAAAGAUUAAUUGAAAAACUACAUUUAAGGGAGAAAGGGAAUCUGGAAUAACUCAGGUUCUUAUCUUGUGCAAAAGUGCACAAAGUAUAAGUGUAGUCUUAAAUAUUUUAUGCAGUCCUCAAACCCAUCUAACAUCUCAGAGCCACCAAAUCCCACAAAUUGCAAUGUGUUUCCACAUACAUAUAUAAAAAAACGACAAAAUGAUAAGUCACACUCUUGAAGCAACAGCAUGCCCUUUAACACUCCAGUGCCUUCUCCUCCCAACUGGCUAGAAAUGAACCCAAACAAACAAAGAAGUGCAACACUAAACUUACAUUAGCCAAAUAUGAUGCAUGCUAUGGCAAGUGCAUGGGCAAGAAAUAUUGUCCCUACAGAAGUUGCCUAACUCUGGGAUAGAGAAUGACAGGGGCAUACAUUUGGUGGCCUCAUAUCUACUAGCUCUACAUCAGAAGAAGACCUGACUUUGACACCUACUCUAUCCUUGAUAUCCAACAUCCCUUAACUAGGCACUCUUUAAUAGUCAAGGUGAUAAGAACAUACUUUUUAAAAUAGCACUGUAUCUAACCAAAUAAGAGUUUCCCAUCAAAACUAGCUUGUCUUGCUGUAGCUCUUUCAGCUAGAUACUUCUGAAGCCCCUUUUUGUUCUCACCCAGCCACUGUUGUUCUGUUCCAUUCUGGAUCAUCCAGGCUCCACCUCCAUUCCAAAGAAAACCUCAUUGGCUGUUGCUAUGUACAGAAUCCCCCCUUCUAAUUCCUAUGCAGCCAUGUUCAUACUUUCCUUUUUGCUUCCUAGCCACAGCUGUGUAUUUCUCCUUUUGCCAUAAGAUCCCAGAUGACAUACUUAAUGGGACUAAUUCCCCUUUACAGGAAAAGGACAAGUAUUUUAUCUUGUCUCAUUAUCAUGCUUUUCAGGAAUUGUCUCACAGAGACUACAGGGCAGAUACCAACACAAGGCUUUGGAUAUGAAUCAUAUGAGGUGACCAUCCCAAGGAAACUAACUCCGAGAUUUAGAGAACAAGAAUCUCAAGGUAUCACGUAUCUUUUGCGGAUUGAAGGGAAAAUCCACAUUCUCUAUCUCAGACAGAUACAGGGCUUGUUCCCUAAACAGUUUCCAGUUUUCACUUACAAAAAGGAUGGGGAUCUCCAGGUGGACUAUCCAUUUAUCAGAGAUGAUUGCUUCUACCAUGGUGUUGUGCAGGGCAUUCCUUCCUCUCUGGUCACACUCAGCACUUGCUCAGGAGGACUCAAGGGUAUUUUACGAUUAAAAAACAAGAUGUAUGAAAUUGAACCUGUUCCAGCAUCUUACACCUUUCAACAUGUGGUGUAUCAUUUGAAAAAGAAAGAAGAUGCAGUCCAUAUUAUGUGUGGGUUGACAGAGGAAGAGCAAAAACGUCAAGAGGCUAUGAUGCAGAAGGCAGAGAAUGAAGUAGUAGGAAUAGAUGCAAGAGGAAUGUGGUGGACACAUAUCAGAUAUGUGAAGUUAGCAGUUGUGGUGGAACAUGAACGAUUUGUGAAGUUUCACAAAAAUGAAACGCUUACUACUCUACAUGUUCUGAAUGUUAUCCAUACUGCAAAUUCACUGUAUGACCCAAUUCCUCUUCAGUUGUCUCUAGCUGGGCUUGAGAUCUGGUCCACCAAGAAUCUCAUAGAAAUUGCUGACACCAUUAAUGACACACUAUUGUCAUUUACACGCUGGAGAAGAGACUCUCUUGUUCAACGGCUACAGAAUGAUGCUGGUCACUUAUUUGUAUAUAAGAGGUUUGGAACUAUACAUGGAUUGGCAUACCUAGGAACAAUUUGUGAUAAGCAUUGGGGAUCUGCUGUGGAAUCAUACAUGACUUCCAGUUUAUUUCAUUUUUCUAAUACAUUUGCUCAUGAAUUAGGGCACAUUCUUGGUAUGAAACAUGACAAAAAAUUCUGUAGUUGCAAUCGAGAUGCCUGUAUAAUGGCUACAGUUCAAGUACCCACUGAUCAAUUUAGCAAUUGCAGUUAUAAAAAUUACUUGAAAUUAAGGAAUUCACAUUGCCUAUUAAUUCCACCAGACCUCAAUAAAAUUUAUACAUCCGAAUACUGUGGAAACAAAGUGAUGGAGAAAGGUGAGCAAUGUGACUGUGGUUCAAAAGCUGAAUGUGAGUCAGAUCCGUGCUGUCAAUCUAAUUGCAUUUUGCGUUCAGGUGUCAGUUGUGCUUUUGGACAAUGCUGUUCUGAGUGUCAUUACCUUCCAGCUCAAUCCCUUUGCAGAGAGAAGAAUGGCAUUUGUGAUCUUCCUGAGUAUUGCAAUGGGACUUCACAGUGGUGUCCUGAUGAUGUUUAUAUUCAAGAUGGUACCCAAUGUAGCAAUGGUGCAUUUUGUUAUCAUGGAAACUGCACUACUCAUAGUGAACAAUGCAAAAUCAUUUUUGGCAACAAGGCACGAGUUGCUUCAGAAAGUUGCUUCAGAGAGAUUAAUGUUCAAGGCAAUCGCUUUGGUAACUGUGGAAUCAGAUAUGGAAUUUAUAACAAAUGUAACGCUGAGAAUAUCCUAUGUGGACGAAUUCAGUGUGAUGGUGUGGAUCUCUUGCCUUCUUUAGAGAAACAGAAUUCUAUAAUUCAGUCACAUGCUGACAAUGGUGAAUGCUGGGGUACAGUUCAUCAUCGUGGAAAGGAGACAGCUGAUAUCGGAGCAGUGAAAGAUGGUACUUCAUGUGGUACUGACAAGAUGUGUAUUGAACGGCAAUGUGUGAAUGUCUCCCUCUUGAAAUAUGACUGCAAUGUCUCCACAUGUCAUAAUAGGGGAGUAUGCAACACUCUCAACAAUUGUCACUGUGAUUACGGAUGGGCCCCUCCCAACUGUCUAAGUAAAGGCAACGGUGGCAGCAUUGACAGUGGACCCCCUGCCCCACAGAAGUAUAAUAUGAGUUUUGCUAGAAUACUAACUAUUGUAGGAAUUGUAUAUAUUUCUUCUGUUGCUCUUGUGUGGACUGGUGUGAUUGUAUAUUUCAGGAAUAAGUUGAUAGAUCAGUUUAGAAGACUGAGGACACAAUUUCUUCCAAGAGAGUUAAAUCAGGAGGAAAGUACACAGUAGAUAAAAGUAAUAACUAAUGACCAGUGUUUUGAAUAUAUGCAUAGGAAAUAAUGUGCAAUAUGCAAUUGAAAGUGCAAGAUUUGAAAUAUUUUUUUAAAAGCUAUAUUCUUCUAGACACAUUGGUUUAUAAAAUUAUUGGUCUUAUCAAGAGUGAAGAAAUCCUGGACUAUAUGUUGAAAUUAUCUACAAUCUAUACUUCAUAGAUACCAAUUCAUUUAGCCAAUCUGGGCAAAAAUAUGUCCUGCAAACAUUCGGUCCAAACUCCCAGUUAUCAGUUUUCUCCCCUAAAAUCCAUAAACAGGUUUUGUGCAUGAUCAAACACAAUUUAAUAUUUUCUGCUUCAACAUAGAAUUGCAAACACAUACCCCAAUAUAUGUGGAACAAAUGUUAAUUACUCUAAGUACAAAUGUUAGAAUGUAAAAGGUGCAACUUAAAUAUUGGAAUUACAAAUAUGAGCAUGCAUAUAAUGCAUAUCACCUCCUGCGAUCCAAUAUAAGUGCAACAACAGUCAAGAUAUCACCAAUGCCAAGAAGACUUCAUUUUAUUUUCAAUCAUUGUUUCUGAUUAAACUCUGUUGACAUCCAUCAGUGUAUAUUUAACUUUGUGAUGUGAAAUGAUCAGCAGGAAAAAAAUCAUUUAUUUGUAAAUCAAUGAUAGUUUUUCACCAAUAAUGGAAGUUUUCCAAGCAAUGUCAAUUUUUUGACAUUUAAAAUUGUUUUGACUGAGCAAAGAAAUUCAUAUUUGCCAAUAUUACUAGGGGAUAUGCAACCCAAAAUAGGUAAAGAAGUAGUCCAGGAAUACCUGGCUACUCUAAAUGAAUUCAAGUCCCCAGGGCUGGAUGAACGAUGCCCAAGAGUAUUGAAAGAACUAGCAGAAGUAAUUUCUGAACUACUGGCAAGUCUAAGCAGACUUCUACUGCUUUUUUUUUUUAAAGGAACACAUACACCUAGUAUCUUGAAACAUGAUGUUAACAAUCUAUUUUGGAAUGUCUAUCUACAGUUAUAUUAUAUAUCAAACAAGUCUUGUGAAAAUUACUACUUCUAACUGAGCUAAGAAUUAAAAGAGACAUGCACAAUAAAUGGAAAGGGGGGAUCAUCAAAGAGGAAUUCAAACAAAUAACCAGCAUAUGUAGGGGAAAGGUUGGUAAGGCUAAGGCACAAAAUGAGGUCAGGCUUGCCAUAGAGAUUAAAAACAAUAAAAAGGGGUUCUUUGGUUAAGUCAGGGGGAAAAGGAAGAAAAGGGAAAUUGUAGGGCUUCUGCUUACAGGAGGUGGUGAAAUGCUAACAGAGCUGCUCAUAGAAUCAAAGAGUUGGAAGAGACCUCAGGGGCCAUACAGUCCAACCCCCUGCCAAGAAGCAGAAAAAUCGCAUUCAAAGCACCCCAUCCAGCCUCUGUUUAAAAGCCUCCAAAGAAGGAGCCUCCACCACAGUCUGGGGCAGAGAAUUCCACUGCUGAACAGCUCUCACAGUGAGGAAGUUCUUCCCAAUGUUCAAGUGGAAUCUCCUUUUCUGUAGCUAGUCUCCAGGGCAGCAGAAAACAAACUUGCUCAACACCUUCUUUGCCUCAAUCUUCUUCCAAAAAGAGAUUGGUAUUCAACCUGAGCAACAUGGAGCAGAUGAGGUAAUAGGGGACAUGCAACCCAAAAUAGGUAAAGAAAUAGUCCAGGAAUACCUGGCCACUCUAAACGAAUUCAGGUCUUCAGGGCCAGAUGAACUACAUCCAGGAGUAUUGAAGGAACUAGCAGCAGUAAUUUAAGAACCACUGGCAAUUCUUGGAGAACAGGAGAAGUCCCAACAGGCUGGAAGAGGGCAAUUGUUGUCCUAUCUUCAAGAAGGGGGAAAAAUAGGACACAAAUAAUUACCACCCUGUCAGACUGACAUCAAUACCAGAAAAAACCAUUAAGGAGGCAGACUGCAAUCAUUACUAAAAGUCAACAUAGAUUUCUCAAAAACAAGUAACCCCAGACUAAUAUUUUAUUUUUAUUUUUUUUGAUAGGGUUACAAGCUUGGCAGAUGCAGGAAAUGCUGUGGAUGUAGCAUAUCUUGGUUUCAGUAAGGCCUUUGACAAGGUCCCCCAUGAUCUUCUUGCAAACAAAUUAAUAAAAUGUGGGCUAGAUAAUACUA